AUUCUCAAAGCCAGAGCAUGACAGGUACGUGAAAAGAGAUUCACUUCACAAGCCCGAACCAGACCCACUCUAACUGUGUGGAGAUCUUCACAUGAGAAUACUGUUAUUGUACCAAGCAAUUUCAUUUGAUACUGGCCGAGCACGGUGCUUGGAUUGGGAUUUGAGUGACAAAGUUGUCUUAACUUGUGAAUCGGGCUGAGGAAACGAUUGAUUUGGUCCAAGGAGCCAAGGUUGAUGAUAACUGUGCUGAAAGACUGACCGACCGUUUUCUUCAAUUGGUCAACCAUGAGGGUGGUUUAUGUUGUCAUCCUUGUGAUGAGCAGUGUCGUGAUUCCUCCCAAUUUGUGCGAAGUAUUCAGCUCGGCCAGUGACAUGCAAAUGGUUUUCGCCGUUGAACGAGAUAUUGUGGACAUCUUGAGCCAAUAUUCGAAAGAUUUGGAGACCAAACUCAAUAGGAUUCAAUCUUACUUGGAGGAGGUUAACAUUCUCGAAUCGGAGAGAUUGCCACAAGAAUCGGACGAUAGAUUUCUGGAACGCAUGGCCGGCAACCCCAUUCAUGCGUACAAGCUCAUGAAAAGGUUCUCGGUCGAUUGGAAGAAAAUUGAAGAUGAUCUCAAAAACAGCAAUUGGAGUGAAACUGAAUUUGCUCUCAAGAGAAAACGUUUGAGUCCAGUCACACCACGAGAAGAUGAUUUGAAUGGUUCAGCACAAUCUUUGAUUAGAUUACAAGACGUGUAUGAAUUGGACAUCCGAGACAUGAUCAGAGGCAAGUUUGGCAAAGGAAACCAACGAGUGGCUUCAAAGGCGACCUUAACGGCACAAGAUUGUCUAUUUAUGGGCAAACAUUGCUUCAAUAGUGGAGCAUUGGCCCGGAGUUUGGAGUGGUUUGAAGAAGCUUGGGUCUUGGCUGGAAGAGAAGGCAAUCAAACGGUGAGCCAGGAUCAAAUCCAGACCUUCAUCGACCAUGCCGCCAAGACCCAUGAUGAACGAGUGCUCAAUGGAGACAAGGAUCCUAACCUGUUCCCAAAGCCCGUUUACGAAGAGCCCCCGUUUCAACAGAGAGAAAAGAUCUACCAAACCAUUCAUGACAAACUGAUGAAGAACCUGACCUCUCCUCACUUAGUACAUGAUAAUGAGGAUGAUAUCCCACGGUUCAAUGCUCUUUGUCGUGGCGAGGAGCUCAGGGCCCCAGAGUAUGUAGCCACGUUGAAGUGCUUCUAUAGUCAUCAGAACGACCCUUAUUACUACCUCCAUCCUGCCCAAAUCGAGGUUGCCCAUCACAACCCGUUGAUUCGGAUCUUCCACAACGUUCUCUCCGAUGAUGAGAUGACAACCAUUCGGGGCAUUGCUGCUCCAUUGUUGAUGCGGUCUCAAGUCCAGGGAACGGGUAAAGGGGCCACCAAGAUAUCCAAUUCAAGAACCUCCAAAACCAGUUGGUUGCAGGAUUCGUUUGAUCCGCUGAUUCGGAUUGUCACCCAACGCGUUGCCUGGAUGACUGGCUUGAACACGGAUACCAUGAAAGAGGAAUCCGAGUUGCUUCAAGUGGCCAAUUACGUCAAUGGAGGCCAUUACAACCCCCAUCAUGAUUAUGUUAUGAAGGAAAAGGACCCCAACCACAUGAUUCAAUUACCUCACAAGGGAAUGUACAUAGGAGACCGAAUCGCCACGUGGAUGUUUUAUAUCAAUCAUGUCCCUGCCGGGGGUCGAACCGUGUUUCCUCGGAUUGGAGCAGGCGUCACUGCCACGGGUGGAUCGGCUGUGUUUUGGUACAAUCUCCAUAAGAGUGGAGAAGCUGAUCGAGCCACUUUACACGGGGCCUGUCCAAUUUUACACGGAACCAAAUGGGUAUCAAACAAGUGGAUCCGAGAAGGUGGACAAGCAUUCACACGACCUUGUGGCUUAACCAAAGACGAAGGCAAAUAAAUUAACGAAUUUCAAUGAAAUUUAAAAUAAAUGCUGUGAUAAGAACCAACUCUGUCUGGGUGCAUGCACUCUUGUUU